AUGAUAGAGUUGUUAUUGGAUUAUAUUGCUUGGAUUAAAGUGACAAUUGACACUUUGGAUUUGGAUUUACUGCAAUGGCUAAUAUGGUUGUUCACACCAAUAGUUGUCAUGUUUGUAUUACCCUUGGUAAUUUUAUUGCUGUUAUAUGGGUGUGGAGUGUUUUUACAGUUCUACAAAGCACGACGAAGAUUAGUUGAUGCCUAUUCCAGAGGAUACUGGGAUUGUGCACGGGAAAGUAUUGCCACAUUUUGGGAAGCACAAGCCAAUAUAUGGCAUGGCUAUGAAAUUCUAGGAAUGGAGAAGAUUCCAUCAGAGGGAGCUGCUGUUCUUGUUUAUUAUCAUGGUGCUAUACCAAUAGAUGCUUACUAUAUAAUAGCAAAACUUAUUCUUUACAAGAAAAGAAUGCCGCAUUGUAUUGGUGAUAAGUUUCUAUUCAGUGUACCCGGUUUUAAGUUGCUACUCAAGGUAGGCUGUGUGACUCCAGGCACUGUUGAAGAAUGUAUCAAAGUGCUCAAGUCUGACAAGUUAUUGCUAUUAGCUCCGGGUGGUGUACGAGAAGCUCAGUUUAGUGAUGAAUAUUAUGAGAUCAUAUGGGGAAAACGAUGUGGAUUUGCUAAAUGUGCAAUAGAAGCUAAAGUGCCAAUUAUUCCUUUAUUUACACAAAAUUGCCGAGAAGCCUUUCGAUGUCUAUCCAUCGGCAGAAGUUUUUUCAGAUAUCUUUAUGAAAAAUGUCGUCUUCCUUUGUGUCCAAUUUAUGGAGGGUUCCCAGUGAAACUGAGAACAUUUAUUGGUGAUCCCAUACCAUAUGAUCCAAGUCUGACUCCACAACAGCUGGCUGUAAAGGUACAAGAUGCAGUUCAAGAUCUGAUUGACAAACACCAGAAGAUCCCAGGAAAUGUUUUUCGUGCACUAAUGGAUCGUUUUUCAUAAAAUCCAGUUGUCAAUGGAACACAAUAGUGAACAUUUUAGAAGAUACAGGUUCAUUUUUAAAUCACAAAAUUGGGGUGGAUUUUUAAAAAGCUUUUCUUUGAAACUAAAUUUGAAUUCUUAAAAAUAUGGAAAUUAGAUUUACAGUGUUAAGUGAGAUCAACAAUUUAAAAGGCCGGUGGUCAUCGCGCAGCACAUGUGACAUUUGUGUUGAUGAACAUUGAUUUUCCCACAAUCCAAUGCUCUUUUCUAAUGAAAUCAUAAGUACGAAUUUUGUCCUUGGCACCACUUGCACUAAUUACUGCCGACGACUCUUUCAAUACCU